AUGAACACUGCCAUAUCAUAUAUCUCGGACACGUACUUCCGGUGGUAGCGGAAGCACCCGCUUCACGUCCAUUAAAAGCUAAAUUGAUGGCUUUUCUAUAAAAUACUGUCAAAUGUUGAAGAACCGCGGAGUAAUGACCGUUUUCCAGUAACAAAUGAUGAUUUGUGUCGAACAAAAAGGCGGCGAGCAGCAGACGUGAGCGGACAUUGGAGCUGAAUCUCCCGAAUGAAGGGGAGGAGGCUCAACAUGGAGGACUGCUUGCACACUUCCUCUGACAACCUCGCUAAACUGGUGAAAUGGGCCCACAGCCACGGGACGAUCUGCACUUUGAUUCCCAACCUCAAACACAUGCUGAACGAGGGCUCUCACGGGACCCUUACGGCCCUGUGGGGCUGCAGCGCCGGUCAUGCCUACCACUGGCCCCUCAACACCACCUGCAAAACUGGAAACAAGGAGCGCAUGUGUUUCCAGGAAAGCCGGACCAUCAACACGGACACUAUGAUUCAGGGCGCCGCCGUCAUGCAAAACUCCUCAGCAGAUCGAUUCCUCGGGAAAAAAAACAAGGGCGAUUCCAAUCAGAUCCACGACUCUUGCGAUAUUUCCAACUGCAGUGAACCUUCGGAAAUGGACGAUAAUGGCGAGGAGUAUAACAACAACUUGUACGACAUAGUCUGCGAAUCAUCGGCAACCGAUGAAGACGGUGAUUCUGAGUUCAAUCACACGCCAAAUGUCUCGCAAAGAAAAAGACACGGAAAAGGGCCGGGACAUGAGGAUAGUAUCGACCCCUCCUUGAAGAAAAUCAAACAAGAAAGAGGCGAAGACUACUACAGUUUGGCCAAUCCACAGAUUCCCAGCAGUUCGGAGAUAAACCGCUCUACCGAGUUGCCCAAACCGAACCUCCAGAGCACACCUUUGAUGUCCCAGAAACCUUCUUCCAUAGAUGGAGACUCAAUGGGGGUGUCUUCAUCUCCAUUGGACAGUUCUCCUACUUCCAUGAUCAAGCCCCUGCGCGCACCUUUCCAUGUUACACAAAAUAAAGUGCACAUAAACUCUAAUCCAGCGUGCAGUCAGAGUUUGCCCACUUUACCUCAUCCUGGUCGGAUUGAUGCUAUGGGUGUCCUGCACAGAGAUGAAUAUCCCAGACCGUCUUUGUCUUACGGAGAGGCUUCGAUUGGCGCAAACCCAGAAAUGGAUCUUCUAGCAGCACAGGCACUUGGUACAGAAGCGAGAGCAGACAACACAGUUUCUCCAGCUGUGUAUGAAAUAGAGAGACUGAAAGCACUACUGCAGGCUGAGAGAAGCAAAAGUGAGUUGAUGGGUGAAACCAUCAGCAGCCUGAGGCAAGACAAAGAGCUUCUUCAACAGGAACUCACCAAGAAAGCUGAACUCAUCUGUGACUUCCUGCAGGACCAACUGCGCCCAGAUAAAAGAAGGACACUUUCAUCAAGUCAAAUAGAGGCAGGUAGUUCUCAUCAGAUUGUUACCUCCAUUCCUGAAGAGGGUGCUGCGUUCGACUCUCCUGCCCUUUUCGACUCUUUUGAGGAAGUAGAGCUUCAUCCACUGGAAAGGCAGAGGAGCAUCAAGAUUUCCUCAAAGAGAAGCAGAGAUGGCGAGAACACUCGUGUCCGAAUGAAAAACGUUGUGGGGGUUAUUGCACGAUAUAUGGCAGCUCUGCAAGAGUUCCGACGUAGCGUCUCCAUGAAAGUGGCUUUUGACAGAGUCGGUGUGGACCGCAACACCAUUUCCAGGACGGCGGCUAUUGCGGAGCUCAGUUUGGCAGCCCCUGAAAUCUUCCACGCUCUUCCACCAUGGGACGAAAAGGAGGAAACGUUGGCACAUUACGCUAUCAGGUGUCGACAGGCCAUGGAUGACAGCAUUAAAGCCAAGAUUAAAAACAUGAAAGCUAAAGGAGAACUUCUACCAAUCGUCAGCAAAUAAAGUAAAACGUUUAUGUUUACCUUCUCGAAUUUCCAGUGGAUGUGACCACUCUAAUUGAACACUAUUCCAGGUCUGGCCUUGAUUUUUAUUGUUGCCAUGCUCAAUCACAAAGUGAUUAGUGCAUGGCAGCAUAGUUGUUGGUACAUGUUCAAGCAGUUGUUGUGUUGGUCUUCUUGACUUGUAAAUUAAAUAAAACUGUUGUUUUGUAUGCCUUACAGUGUCAUUUUGCCUGACCAGUAUUUAUUUCGGUGUUAAACAUUCCGUAUGAUUGCAUGCUUAUUUCUAUCACAAACUACAGUGAGUCUUUGUACUUUUUACUACGCCACCUCUUCCUUUCUAAAUGUCAGAUUAGUGUUGUGUAAUAAGAUUGCAAAGACUGUGAAAAAUAGGUGUGUAAUUAUCUUACACUGCACAGCGGGUCCAAUGAUUAUAAUGUGAGUAAUAAAUAUAACAUCAAUGU